AUGGUUGAUGGGAAGAGGAUAAGGUCGGUGGCAGUUGUUGGGGCUGGCGCGGCAGGUGCAAUAACUGCCGCGGCGCUGAAGGCAGAGAAUUACUUUGAGCGCAUCAGAGUAUUUGAGCGAAGGGAGAGACCUGGUGGGACAUGGAUCUACGACGAAGACCCUAAACCAAGCCUGGACAUCUAUCCUGGAAGUUUACCACCAGAUAUCGACCGUCCUCUGAAGAUUCCAGAUAGUGUCCCGAGUCAUACGCCUCCUAGUUGCCAAGAGCGAUAUGUCCAGACACCAGUCUACAAGUCUUUAACAACCAAUGUCCCAGACAUCGCCAUGUGCUAUUCCGAUGCUCGGUUUCCCUAUGGACCCUUCGUGCCGCACUACAUACCCCGUCAAUACGUCGAGAACUACUUCUCAACCCACAAGACGGAUUCGUUUCUGCAACUCAAUACCACGGUUGAGGAUAUGUCCAAGGUGAACGCAGAAAAGGGAGGAAACUGUCAAUGGAAACUCACGCUUCGAACAUACGAUCCCGCUCGGCAUAUUGACAUUUGGUGGGACGAAAUUUUCGAUGCUGUGGUCUUGGGGAAUGGACAUUAUUCAGUGCCUUACGUGCCACAUGUUGACGGCCUAGAUGCGUAUCUCAAAAGGUUCCCAGGUCGGGUGGUGCACUCGAAAUACUACCGAUCACCACUUCCUUACGCCUCGAAAAAGGUCCUAAUAAUCGGAAACUCAGCAUCUGGACACGACAUCAGCAACGAGCUCGUUACAACUGCCUCUCACCCGGUAUAUCAGUCCAUCAGGUCCAAAUCUAUAUGGGACGGCGAUGAGCCGCCGGCGGGAAUAGUUUGGAAACCAGUCAUCAAAGAGUUCCUACUUGACGGCAGGAUCAUGUUUAAGGACGGCACUUACUUGGACAGUGUCGACACAGUGAUAUACUGCACUGGUUAUAAACCCUCCUACCCCUUCUGGAACAUCGAAGCCAAUGGACGGCCCUUGUGGGAUUAUGAAGCGGGGAAAAUGAUCAAGACAUACUGGCACACCUUCUUCCAAGAUUUCCCGACGCUGGCUAUUGUGGGAGCACCACGGGUUUUGACAUUCAGGAGUUUCGAGUAUCAAGCCAUCGCACUGGCGCGUCUUUUCGCAGGGAGACACUCGGUGUCCCUCCCUCCAAUCGAAGAGCAGAAGAAGUGGGAAAAAGAACGGGAGCAAAGAACAAAGAGGGAGGGCUUGAAGUUCCAUGACAUCGAAUGGGAGACGGGAGAGACGAUGGAGUGGCUGCGUGGACUAUUUCAAAUUGCGGGAUUGGGGACUUUGAGGGGCGAGGGGAGAAUACCGCCUUUCCUGGGGGAGGACAUGAUUUGGGCAAUUGAGCAUAUCAAGAAAUACCCGGAACCUGGCAAUGGAAGGAAUAACGCGGGUAAAGGAAAGGAUCGCAAGGGUCAAGAGGGCGUUGAAGUGGAGACAGAAGAGGAAGACUGGGUUUUGGUUGAGAGGAAACGGAAGGACUUGCUUGCAUUCAUAUGA